CCCACAGUUUUUUGCUAUUCGGUAAGGACAUUGAGCAAUAACCGCAUUGACCGACAGAAGGCGCUGUUGUCCAACACUAUGAGUCUUGCUAAGGCCUUUCUGCAUCAUUUGUUUUCGAGGUCAUUUCUGCCAUUUGUGGUUGGCUGGUGAAAGCAUGUGACUGCUUAUGUAGUUACAGGUGAAAAAACGCGUCACCCAGUGGGCUGGCUACUCACUGUACUUUGGAUAAUAAAUUGGCAACCCUAGUCAGUGUUUACACAGUAGCGGUAAUUACACAGUAGCAGACUUUGUUGCCACAGUAAACGUUGUAUGAUUUUUAGGCAAACGUUACUCUCAAAAUUAGAAUUAUUCAGAGAUUAAUAAAUCUUACUGUAUUGAAUUAAGAUUACGAAAUUGCGAAUUGUUGUCCUAAUUUUACUGGACUUUUCAUGGUCAUUUUAAUCAGUUUAAUAUGGAUUGGCUAUAUCAAAAUUUAGCAAAGUAGGGUUUUUAUAUGACCGAGUAAAUUCUUAAAAACAAACUGAUUACCUAUCCAAUAUCUGAAUUAAUUGACCAGGUAUAAUUUAUAAAUGAAAUUAUAAAUAGAACUGUGGGUUUACAGCUGUGAAUGUUUAUCAGUUUCUGCCUUAUUACAAAUCCUACUCUAUCAACACACCUUAUUAAACUCAAAAAGGCUUUCUUAGGAAGGCAAGAGGUUGCCAUAUGAAGAAAGAAAGUGCAGUUGAAAGGUUCUCACGUUGGCCGUAGCUCCGCUCGCACCAGGGAUUCAUUUUAUUGCUUUAUGACCUUCCAUUUACAGUGUGAAAUGUUUAGGGUUUUCAUAUCCAUUUCAUUUGUUCAGGCCAUAGCCACAAAAAGAGCAAAACGAAGGAAACUGUUUUUUAAAGAUCACUUUCAAAAUGCCUUUGCAAAGAAUGUAGUUAGUAGCUACUUUAUAUAAAACAAUAACGUGCUUCCUCCUUUGAUAGUGAAAUGUUUUCCUCCCUGAGUGCCAUGAAUGCUUUUAUUUCCUUCUGACAUCAGCGUAAUCGCCAUUAUUGAAUAAGUGCAACUUUCAGAGUUAUUUAUGGCACCCGCGCGCUGUCAUGAAUGGCUGUGGGGAAGCACGUGAUACCAUUAAACUUUGUUUUAUGGCCAGGGAGUUGACAAGCCAAAAUAUAAUUCACAUUGUAUAUUAGAAAAGCCUUGCAGACGGUUUAGAAUGGCUCCUAGUAUCGGUGCAGGAGCCGGAAUAAGCUUUAGUUUUGUUUUGACCAUGGAUAUACACAUUUAUUGGUGCGCUUUACGCGAUCAGCGAACUCCUCGAGGUCGUGGUUUAAAUAAUGAGGAACGUUUAAGGGACAACAGAAAACAGUGCGAUACAGACUGCGGUCACAGCAUAGAGGAUCAGUGGGGAGCCCCGAUCACGUGACAAAGGAGCCCAUGCCAUUGGACAAGGGUACAAAGGCCGUCGUAGUUUAAAACCUUCAAAAUGCAGAAAGCUACUUAUUAUGAUAACGCUGGACUUUUUGGAGGUUACUCAUACCCUAAAUCUGACUCAUAUACAUAUGGGCCUGCCCAUCAGUCUUACCCCAAUUCCAACAUGGAGAAUGAGUAUCAGGGCCCAAUAUGCCCCAUACAAACCACAGCGGUUCGGCCACCAGCGCACAAAAACAGCGACAUUAAUGGCAGCUGUAUGCGACCGAGUGGCAGUCAAGGCAGCCAACCAGAGAGUUCUGGGGACCAGCAGCAGCAAGCACCUCCUUUAGCUGCCACUUCGCCAAACUCAAACAGCACCAACACCCAGAAAAAGAAAUCCCCCAGCAACAAUGGCGCCAACACUGCCACCCCAGUCAUCACCAAGCAAAUAUUUCCGUGGAUGAAGGAGACACGUCAGAACUCAAAACAGAAAAGUACCAGCUGCACUACUCCAGGAGAGACCUGCGACGACAAGAGUCCGCCUGGACCGGCAUCCAAGCGAGUGCGCACCGCUUACACCAGCGCCCAGCUCGUGGAACUCGAGAAGGAGUUCCAUUUCAACCGGUAUUUAUGUCGUCCCCGAAGAGUCGAGAUGGCUAAUCUACUCAAUCUCACAGAGCGCCAAAUAAAGAUCUGGUUUCAAAACAGGAGGAUGAAGUACAAAAAGGAUCAGAAAUCCAAAGGCAUAAUGCACUCUCCCCUGGGGCAUUCUCCGGACAGAAGCCCGCCGCUAAGUGGCCCGAAUCACGUUGGAUACUCUGCUCAACUUCCAAACGUAAACAGUCUUAGUUAUGAUGCACCGUCUCCUCCGUCGUUCGCCAAACCUCAGCAAAACAUGUACGGCCUGGCUGCGUACACGGCGCCGUUGGGUGGCUGUAUACCGCAGCAGAAAAGGUACCCGGGUACAGAGUACGACCACCACAGCAUGCAAGGGAACGGAAGCUUUGCCAAUGCUAAUUUACAAGGAAGCCCCGUGUAUGUUGGGGGGAAUUUCGUUGAUUCUAUGCCAGCCUCGGGCCCUAUGUUCAACCUUGGCCAUCUUCCUCAUCCUUCAUCCGCCAGUGUGGACUACAGCUGUGCCGCUCAGAUUCCAGGCAACCACCAUCACGGACCGUGUGACCCUCACCCCACAUACACAGACCUCACCUCUCACCACGCUUCUCAGGGACGGCUGCAGGAAGCGCCGAAACUAACGCAUUUGUAAGGACUGUGUAUGUCGAAGCGAAAUGUCGCUUUUUAUUACCUCACAAGUUAAAAGUAAUUUAUAUAACUACACUCCAAGAGACAUAACGUAUUACCCCUGUAUUAUUAUUGAUAUUACUAUUACUGCUAUGACUGUAACUAUUUUUAAGCUGUGGUCCAUUUCUCUUGACUGUUGGAGAUGCGCAGGAGUUUUUGUUGUCUGUCGGUCAGAUCUUGAAAGAACAGUGCGCAAUAUGAAGGAACUUUCAUAUAUUAUUACUUGAAGGUAAGUCCUGUAGAUUUUACAAUAUUAGACACCCAUCUUUAUAGGGAUGGAAUUUGUAGGAAAAUCAUUGCCAUUGUUAAGUCGUCUGUUAGUCAUUGGUACCUAUGAAUCUGUUCACACUAAAAGUGUCAUUAUUUAUUAUUUUUCUCCGAGAUUGUAUGGCAAACAUUUAUCUCUAUUGAGUAUUUAUUAUUUAUCAGUUUUGUAACGCACAUUAUUUAUCUUUAUCUUUUCAUGUGGACUAUUUAUAUAGACUAUUGUAGAAUUUAUGCAACAUAAAUGAACAGAUUGCGUGGGCUUUCUCAUCACAUUCAAGUGAUUAUGUGACUGGUGUAAUUUUCUUUUUGCUAUAUCAGAAAACAAAUUGGAAUCGGACGCGUCUGAAUGUUUUUAUGUUUUACUGCAACCGAGAUUCUGGAAGUUGACACAGAUUAUUUUGGGAGGCGGGUCAUGCUUGAUGUUAUAGGCUAUCUUAAAAAACACCAGCACGUCAUUUUCACAUCUUUGUCUUCAUCACUUUUAACAAAUGUUAUUUUGUAAGUGAACAGUCCACACACAAAUUGAUGAAAUGGUAACGAUAUUGAAAUGUUAUAUUUUGUUGUGUUAUACAUUUUGUAAAUAAAGUGCUUAAAUUGA